AUGUACUGGACUUCUGACUACUCGUGGAGAUUGGUCGGAACCCCUUCUGUGAGGCAACAGCGAGUCUACGAUGUUCCUUGUAACAGUUUUGUACCCCCGGUUAACCGUUGUAUCCCUCAUUGGAGUUCUCUGUCAGAAGAUAAGGAUCCUUACAAUAUGGGCUGGUCUGUCUACUCACCUUCCGGAACAUCGGAAAGUUCCAUGGACGACCCUUGGGUCUACCAUCCUCCGACGGCCAACUGGCUGGAAACAUUCUACAGACUUCAGGGACAGUCUGAUAUAGUCUACAACAAUGGAGGGUAUAAGGCCAGGAUUGGGUCUUCAAUAAAAGAAACAGUCAAGACUACAACACAGUUAGUGGUGAACCAUUGGAUAGAUCAAAUGACCAAAUCUGUGUUUAUAGAACUGACUCUAUACAACGUCGACCUCCGCAGCUUGAGUCAAAUCACUUUGAUCAUAGAGUUUCUAACGGCAGACGUAUCUCUGAGGGCAGCUAGAGUGACAUCUGUCAUCAUUGACUGUGACGAUUUAUGA